AGCCUGCACCGGAAGCGACCUCACAGUGGAGGUCUGCAGCCAGGACCUCUUGGGGUUUAUUUCUUUGCUCUGCGGUCAGCCCCCCCGGUGUAGCUGUAUAUAUAUAAGCGGCUAACUUAUUUUGAGUCCUGAAGUGGCUGACAGCCAGCUGUUGUUGGUCGCUGCAGUGUGGCUUUUAUGCGGUCUCGGUUUUACCAGAAUUGAAGUGUUCCUCAGUGAAAGCUGCACUAGCAUUGAUAGAAUACACACAAACCACAGUCCCGGAAGUCCCGUUGCACACGGUUCUUCGGGGGUUCCCGGUACUAGCUGCUUCCUAACUGGCUAGCUAGCUAGAUAACGUCAGUUUCUUUGUUACCACUUUAUAAACUAAUAACUGAACUGCUGUAUCCAAAACUUAAUAAAACCAUGUGAUAGCACGCGUUAUCAUGCUUUUGACGUUGGUUAUCUUCGGGUGUUUGACCGCCCUCGCGGUACCGGACUGUGGACCCACGGAGUAUGCUGCAAGUGAUGGACUGUGCUGUCCGAGGUGCAACACAGGUACAGUUGUUAUAAGAGACUGCACGUCACAGUCAGGCACACGGUGUGGCCCCUGUAAGACAGGGACCUUCAUGAACCAACCCAACGGCCUGAAAAGCUGUUUCUCCUGCACCUCCUGUGACAAAAGUCAGGGUCUGUUUGCCCAACAGGAGUGCACGGGAUCAAGCGACGCAGUUUGUGAUGUGUUAGAGGGGUAUUUCUGCAGAAGCUGGGCCGAUGAUUCAGGAUGUAGUUUGGCAGAGAAACACACACACUGUGUGCCUGGUCAGAGGAUAAAGGAAGCUGGAACCCGCAGAAAUGAUACAGUGUGUGAAGUUUGUCAGCCAGGAAGUUUUUCACAGGAUGGUGUGAACUGCGCGGCUUGGACUGUCUGUCCAGAAACCCAAGUAAAGGUCAAAGAAGGAAGUACGAGCAGUGACGUUGUCUGUCGAAGUUCUUCAAGGAAUUAUUAUGCAUAUAUUCCUCUAUUAAUACUAUUAUUAACAGUGGCUGGACUUGUGACCACAGGCAGGCUAACAAUGAAAAAGGACUCUGGUAGGUCUGAAUUUACUACUCUUUAUUCUCAGAUGUAUGUCUCACAAUGUUUCACACAACAGGCUGCACCUGAGUUUGUUUUAAUGUCUUUUGUUUGUAUUUUUCCCACCUACAGUCUCCAGUCCUGGAGGUAGAUGACUCAGUUUGUGUUGUGAAAAAUACUGGAAUUCCUCAGUGGCAACAUGAGCUCAGUGCUGCCUGGCAUGUGCAAAAAUAAUGGUCACUCAGAGUGGAAACACAAAAUGAAACAAAAAGAAAAAAAGCAGUAGAGUAACAUCAGGCCUUAUGGUCAGAGAUAGUCUUUAUCAUGCACUACAUUCAAAUGCCAUUCCACUAGUGUGGGUUAAAACAUAUCAACUGAAUACAGCCACUGUAGUUCAUUGUGAGAGAAAACCAAAGACAACAGAAAGUAGUUGCCACACAGCUCCCAACCAGACUUUCAUUAUUUUUCCGUUUUCCAAAAGCUCAUCUGGACUUAUUUCUUAGUUUUAGUAGCCUAAUGUGACUUUGUUGUCACAUCUGUUGCAAUGCCGUUAAUUUUUACUAAUGUUAAGCUAAUUUCACCAUCUUGUUCCAAUUGUUCAUUGAGCUUUAAGCAAAGUACACCCUUUCAAAUAGCAAUGAACCUUUAAUUCUUACAAAUAUUCAGACAUUGAAAUUAGAAUGUGAUAAAAAUAUCAAAAUAUCCUUAAUAAAUAAAACCAAUAAACCCCCCUUUAAAAUAAACAAAAUGUUGACAAAAAUUGCACUUCAAUAAAUAUUUAACAUUUGGCAGAGGGGUUUAUGCUUUAGAAUUAGAGUUCUGAGCAGAAGAAUUGCCAGAUGCAAAUAAACAGAAUGGGCGUUAAGUUGGUCAUUAUGUGGAAAUUGUAAACAAUGUUCAGAUGUUGUUGCACUGAUACUUUUGUACUAUUUCUUUAGUAACAUUUUGAAGAUUUGUACUUAUACUACGUUCACAUCGUUGUAUUGCUAUUGCUUUUUUAUAAAGAAAGGUCACUGAUAUUAACCAGUGAUAUGAUAUGAUAUGCUUUUACACAGUAGUAAUGUAAUGUGCCUUUAAUGUAUUCUUGUGUGGGAGAGGGGAGGACCUUAUUUUUGUAAUAUAUUUUUUCUAACCUCUUAUUUUUAAUUAUACUUUGCUUUGUUUUGUGCUUUUAUACUUUGUAAUGUAUUUGCCGUACAAAUAAAGUCACCUUGCUUUGACUAA